AUGGCGGCCCCGCGGGAUGAGGACAUCGCCAGCUGGCUGGCAGCGGUUCACUUGGAACGCUACGCAGACGCCUUCAGGCAGAAGGGGUAUCACACGGCGGGCGCGGCCCGCGGCCUGGACCACGCUGAGCUGCGGAGCAUGGGCAUCGCCGCCACCGGGCACCGCAAACGCAUCCUGCGCCUGCUGCUGCAGGAAGUGGGUCCGGACCCCCCACGGGGCCCCGAGCCAGAGCCAGAGGCCACCCCACUGCCUGGUACGCCGUGCCCAGGGCUGCCAUCUCCCCUCCCCGCCGAGGCCCGGCCCUCCAAGCCGGUGCCCAAGCCCCGGACGGUGUUCGCCUGGCUGAGUGGCUCCGAGCCCAGCCUCUCCUCCUCCUCCUCCCUGAUGGAGCCCCCGGCCCCACUUUCCCUGGGGACCCCGCCCCCGCCUCCAGCCCGUGGAGGGCUCCCCAGCCUGUCCCCUUCCCAGGGAGGGCACAGCAUCGACCUCAGAGGGCCUGAGUUGCCCCAGCACGUAGCGGCCCCUGGGACCACAGGCCCGGGGUACCCCCCCUCACCAGGCCAGGUCCCCUCCUCCGAUUCUUCCCUUGGCCCCUGCUCCCCAACACCACAGCGUCUGCCGGGCUCCGCCGCCAGCCCCCCACUGCCGCCACUCCCUCCUGAAGCCCCCGAGGGGCUAUCCUGCGGGCCUGGUCAGCUGGACAUGAUACCCAAUGCCAUCUACCUCGGACUGGAUUCCGGGUCCGGCCCUCUUGAGGUCCCGCGGGGGGCCAAGGAUGGAACUCAGGACUCAAUCCCGCCGGACACCCAGGCCCCCCCCAGCCAGGUUCCCUGCCCACCCAGGCAGAGGGGACGGGAGCCGGCUGGGGGUGGGGGGGCCGACGACGGGGGCUACGCCAGCCUGGAGCUGCCCGCCGCAGACUCCCCCCUGCCGCCCCCUGAGCUGGACGAGGACGAAGCCUGCGAGGAUCUCAUCUCCCCCUAUGCCAGCUUCACGUCCCUGGCCGAGCCCCCCGCAGCCCUGCUCAGCGGCUGGCUGGACAAGUUAUCUCCCCAAGGGAACUACGUUUUCCAGAGACGCUUUGUUAGAUUCAAUGGAAAGAAUCUAAUGUACUAUGGCAGUGUUAAGGACCCCUUCCCCAAGGGUGUGAUCCCACUGGCUGCCAUAGAGAUGACCCGCAGCAACAAGGAGAAUAAAUUUCAGGUCGUAACUAGCCAGAGGGUUUUUGUGUUCCGGGCGGAGAGUGAGGCCCUGAGGGACAAGUGGUGUUACACCUUGCAAGCCCGGCUGAAGGAGCAGCGGCUGUUGGGGAACCCCCGGCCCCCCCAGCCCCCCAAGCCCCUCCGCACCGGCCCCCUGGACCUGCGGGGCCACAAGGCCAAGAUCUUCGCUGCAUUGAGCCCCGGGGAGCUGGGACUCUACAAGAGCGAGCAGUCCUUCUCCCAGGGCAUCGGGAUCUGUUUCAUUGAACUGCGUGGCUGCAGCGUCCGAGAGACCAAGAACCGCAGCUUUGACCUCCUGACGCCACAACGCUGCUUCAGCUUCACGGCGGAGUCGGGAGGGGCGAGGCAGGGCUGGGCCACAGCUCUGCAGGAGGCAGUGGCCGAAACCCUGUCCGACUACGAAGUGGUGGAGAAAGUCUGGUCCAACCGAGCCAAUCGGCGCUGUGCCGACUGUGGAGCCCCUAGGCCCGACUGGGCAGCCGUCAAUCUGGGAGUGGUCAUCUGCAAACAGUGCGCAGGCCAGCAUCGGGCUCUGGGCUCGGGCAUCUCUAAGGUUCAGAGUCUGAAGCUGGACACGAGUGUCUGGACCAACGAGAUCGUACAGCUGUUCAUCGUCCUGGGCAAUGACCGAGCCAACCGCUUCUGGGCAGGGCUUCUGCCUCCCGGGGGUGGCCUGCAACCCGAUGCUGCCCCUGGGCCCCGGGGCGACUUCAUCUCCCGCAAAUACAGGCUCGGACUCUUCCGGGGAUCCCACCCCCAGCAUCCCGACCACGCUCAGCUACUGCAGGUUGGGUGGGAUGGGCAGCCGGGGAGCUGGGGAGAGGGAAGGAGAGGUGGGGUCUCCAAGGCACUGUGCACGGCUGUGACGGGCCCCAACUUGAUCAAGACGGUGACCGGUCUCUUCUCUGUGGACCCCGGUGGGGAGGGGGAGACUUGGCCUCCCCACUGUGCUGACGGCAGCUCCCUCAGCCUAUUCCCUCCAGACACCACCCCCGGCGUGUACAAUGAGGUGGUGGUCCCAGCCACCCACAGCGGUCACCUGCACUGCAGCCCGGUCAGCAGCAAACCCGGACCACCCCCACACCGGGGACGUGACACCCCACCACGGUUGUGGUGCAUCCUGGGAGCGGCCCUGGAGAUGUUCGCCUCCGAGACCAGCUCUGAGCGACUCGGCCUCCUCCGGCCCCAGGAUGUGGUGAGCCUGGGGGUGAGCACCCCACCUGUGGACUCCAGUGACCCCGACAGGUCCCUUUUCUUCUUUGAGCUGACCCUGGAUGGGGGCCGGGUGCAGCAUUUUGGAACCGACGGUACUGACAGCCUCGAGGCCUGGACCAGCGCCCUGGGUCGGUGGUUUUCCCCACUGAGCUGCCACCAGCUCCUGGGCCCGGGGCUGGUGCGUGUGGGACGGCUGCGGGUACGCUCACCCUCUCAGGCUGCACUGUCCCCCGGCCUCUGGCUGUCUGGCUUCGCCGUCCUACGUGGGGACCACCUCUUCCUGUGUCCGGCCACGGGUCCUGGCCCCCCAGUCCCAGAGGACACCAUUCACCUCCGCCGGCUGCAGGAGAUCAGCAUCGUCCCCGCUACGGACUCCCCGGACAAGAAGGAGCACCUCGUCCUGGUGGAGAAGGGAAGGACCCUUUACCUGCAGGCGGAAGGGCGGCUGGACUUCACAGGCUGGAGCACCGCCAUCGAGGGGGCAGCCGGUGGGCGGGGCAAUGCCCUCCAGGGGCAGCAGCUGAGCCGGGGGGACAUCCCCAUCAUCGUGGACGCCUGCAUCAGCUUCAUCACCCAGCACGGGCUGCGCCUGGAGGGGGUGUACCGGAAAAGCGGGGCACGGGCCCGGAGCCGUCGGCUGCUGGAAGAGUUCCGGCGAGAUGCCCGGUCCGUGAAGCUGAGGCCGGGGGAGCACUUCGUCGAGGACGUGACCGACACGCUCAAGCGUUUCUUCCGGGAGCUGGACGACCCCGUGACCUCAGCUCGCAUGUUGCCCCGCUGGAGGGAGGCCGCAGAACACCCCCAGAAGGCUCAGAGGCUGGAGCAAUACAAAGAGGUGAUUGGCAGCCUGCCCAGGGUGAACCGCCGGACUCUCGCUACCCUCAUCGGCCAUCUCUACAGGGUGCAGAAGUGCGCGGCCCUGAACCACAUGUGCUCCCGGAACCUGGCGCUGCUCUUCGCCCCCAGCCUGUUCCAGACCGACGGUCGCGGGGAACAUGAGGUCCACAUCCUGCAGGACCUCAUCGACAGCUAUGCAACUGCCUUCGAUGUUGAUGCUGACCAGAUGGCCCAGAUCGACUUGGAGAUCAGUCUUAUCACCACCUGGAAGGAUGUUCAGCUCUCCCAGGCCGGUGACCUUAUCAUGGAGGUGUAUCUGGAGCAGCGGGGGCCGGAUACCUGUGUCACCCUCAAGGUGUCCCCGACCCUGACCGCCGAGGAGCUAGCCAACCAGGUUCUGGAGAUGCGAGGGACAGUGCCGGGUCCUGACUUGUGGCUAACCUUUGAAAUCCGGGAGCAUGGGGAGCUCGAACGGCCCCUGCACCCCAAGGAGCGAGUAUUGGAACAGGCCCUGCAAUGGUGCCAACUGUCAGAGCCUGGCUCCGCCUUCCUGCUGCUGCACAAGGUGCCCGUAGCCUAUGCUGGCUGCCUCUUUACUGGAGCCCGGCGGGUGAGUCCCCGGGUGGGGCUGCUGCGGUGCCGAGAGGAGCCCCCCCGGCUUCUGGGGAACCGGUUCCAAGAGAGAUUCUUCCUGCUCAGGGGGCGCUGCCUGCUGCUCCUCAAGGAGAAAAGGAGCAGUAAGCCGGAGCGGGAGUGGUCUCUGGAGGGUGCCAAGGUCUACCAGGGGAUCCGCCGGAAGCUGAAACCACCCAGUCCGUGGGGUUUUACCCUGAUCCUGGAGAAACUGCAACUCUACCUGGCCUGCACAGACCAGGAGGAGAUGUGGGACUGGACUACUAGCAUCCUCAAAGCACAGCACGAUGACCUGCAGCCCGUGGUCCUGCGUCGCCGCUCCUCGUCCGACUUGGCCAAGCAGAAGUUUGGGACGAUGCCCCUGCUGCCCAUCCAUGGGGACGACAGUGGUGCCAGUCUGCUGUCCGCCAACCAGACCCUGCGUCGUUUACACAAGCGGAGGACUCUGUCCAUGUUCUUUCCCCUGAAGCUGUCCCAGGACUCUGUGGAAGAGCAAGGAGAGGAGGGGGAAGAGGAGGAAGAGGAGGAGGAGGAGGAGGAAGAAGAGGAAGAGGAGCCUGUCUAUGAGGAAGUGGGGGCUUUCCCUGAGCUGACCGGGGACCCCCCACCCCCACCAGACAGGACCCCCAAGGCAGAGGUGCCCUCCACCCCCACAAGCCUCCCCGCCGGGCAGUCCCGGUCCCUGGAGCGGGGUCAGGAGCUCCGGGGGGAGCGGCCCCCACUCAGCAAGGCGGGCUCCCUGGGGCAGGAUUUGGGAAACCCCGAAACCCCGUCCGCCUCGCCGCUCAGGAAGAGCCUCCUCGUGCCCACUUCCCUCGAAGAGCAGCUUCUCCAGGAGCUGAACACGACUCUGAACCUCCGGAAGGGGGAGGCCCAGGCCCUGGGCCCCUCCAGCCCCCCGACCCAGUCCCCAGGGUCUCCCAGCUCCCCCACCAGGUCUCCGGUCCCACCACUCCCCCCUGUCCCCACCGGCCCAUCCCCUGAGUCGAUGCCUAGUGGCCCAAGGGGGGUGGUCAGCCCCUUGGGCCUCUCCUGGGAAACGAGAGCCAACGGACACAGGCCCAGACACAGCCCCAGCUGGGAAACUUUGGAUAGAGACAGGGAUACUUGAUCCUACCCAACUUCCCUUCCCUCCCCAAACCCUGAAUCCCUGCUCACAACCAAUUUACCCAGUAGAGGGCAAAUGAAAGAGGUGAAAAAGCUAAUAAACUAUUGAAUCAAAAGGC